ACCCGAGGGGCGUAAAACAAUCCGCCAUUUUGUCCCUACAACAAUUUAGACUUUUAUUAUUUCGAUAGGUACAUGAUAGCGCUUUCAAUCAAAAUAAUCACAAUUAAAAAGUGAUGUUAAAAGAACCGUGCAUCGUUUUAUAAAUCUGUGAUAUUUGUGUCCAAUAUUAUUUUUAUUUACGGUCAUCUUGACGUCUCGAAACUGACCGAUUUUUGACGUCGACUACAGAGCUCCGGAUAAACCAAAAUGGGCACAAGAGAGGAUGAAUAUGAUUAUUUGUUCAAAGUUGUACUCAUUGGAGAUUCUGGUGUGGGUAAAAGCAGUCUUCUGUCGCGUUUCACUAGAAAUGAAUUCAAUUUAGAAUCUAAAUCUACCAUAGGUGUGGAAUUUGCAACAAGAAGUAUAGAGGUCGACGGUAAGACCAUAAAAGCUCAGAUAUGGGACACGGCCGGCCAGGAGCGGUACCGCGCCAUCACGUCGGCGUACUACCGCGGCGCGGUGGGCGCGCUGCUGGUUUACGACAUCGCCAAGCACCUGUCGUACGAGAACGUGGAGCGAUGGCUGCGCGAGCUGCGCGACCACGCCGACCAGAACAUCCUCAUCAUGCUGGUCGGCAACAAGAGCGAUCUCAGGCAUCUUAGGUCCAUCCCGACGGAGGAGGCGAAAGCGUUCGCGGAAGCCAACGGACUUAGUUUUAUCGAGACGUCGGCCCUGGACUCCACCAACGUCGAGCCGGCCUUCCAGAACAUUCUGACCGAGAUCUACAGGAUCGUGUCGCAGCGGCAGAUGCGCGACCCGCCCGAGGGUGACGUCAUCCGGCCCGACGCCGAGCCCGCCGACGUGCGGCCCUCGCAGGCCGACAGUGUGCGGCGCCAGUGCUGCCAGUAGAAACAGAGUCCGAUCACCGUCAGAGCCGGCGUGAGAAUAUCCAAUGGCUGAAAAUGAAAGAAAAAAAAAAUGCAAUAAUUUAUGAAUCAUUCCCAAACAGUGGUGUUAACAACGUAACAGUGAUGCCAACGCGAAAAUAUCUUUAUACUAACGGUCGAUAGUCGCCUAAAGGUUUGCGAUAUUUUCAGUAUGGCAACUUACUACGUCUUACGUGAAAGGAACGAUGCUAAAUGGAUGUGUAUUAAAUUACGGACGUGGUAAUUUGUAAAAAAAAAAA